AUGAGUCGAACACAUCAACAAGAAGAGUUUCUAGUCACAUUAGUAAGUACUGAAUUCAUUUAGACACAAAAUACAACUACAAUGUAAUUAAGAACGCAACAGGAAGUGGAUUGCCGCAGAGACAAUGCACAGUUCGGAUUAUUCCUCCUGUCUCAACUGUCAAACGUGGGAAGAAUUGGAUUAUAAAACUAUUUCUAUUUUUAUAGACGAAUCUCGAAAACGGCCUGCUGUACAGACGAUUCACACACUGCACGCAGUGCCUCCAUUCAAUCCGGACACUGACGGAGAAAUUAUUCCCAGUAUCAAUAAAUAAUCAUUUCAAAAUGAAGAACGACGAGUUUCCAGGCGAUGAGCCACGUCCUGUGUGCGAGAUCUGUUCGCUGGCGUACCUGACAUGGGCCGCGUUCGAAUUCCACAUGCUCCGCUACCACAUCAUGUACCGUCCGUACCAAUGCACCUACUGCAAGCACCUCUCAUUCCACACCGAGUCCGAAGGCCGACAUCAUCUCCUAUCCUUUCACGGCGGAGUUGUCGAAAACUUCUCUUUAGUCAAAGUGACAGAUUUUGCCAAGGAAAACGACUGGAUGCACUGUUUGAUGAACGCGAAAACCACAGAACGGGCGGUGGUCUCUUUCUCGGAGACGCUGCUAGCAGAAGCCGUGCAAAUGGUGACGUCACAGCAAAUGUCAAAAUUCAAAGUGCAGAGAGCACAACUACCGCAUUGUACCCGCAGUCUUUAUAAGUCAGUAUUCAGAAAAACCUACUUUUAAGAGUUUGUGCCUUCAGAGAGAUGUUUGAAGCUUCAACGGAGCCUGAGAGUGAAGUGCCUUCACAAGACAACGUUGUCUAUUCGGUAUUAGCUUGCUUUUGUUUUCUUUUAAUGCCCAACAACUUUUUCUAUUUCAGCCCGACAAUCAUCCGUUCUACACUCGUCGCAACGUGGAGUUCAGCUACGAUCAUCCGAAUAUCAUGGACGUAGCCCUCGAAGAGUACCACAAAUGA